GCGUGUUAUGCCUCGAGUCCUGCCUCCAAAUGUCCGUUCAAUAGGUUCAACCUAUUCCAGAAGACUCUUCUUUACGAUUCCGAAUUUCUCAUCUUUGUCACCGUUUCCUGAUUCCAAUGGGUCAAAUGAUACUCAGACUUACCAUGAACAGAAGCUUUUCCCAUUUCGACGCAGACAAUUAUAUGAUAUCGUAGCGGACGUUCAGUCGUAUCAUCGCUUUGUGCCAUACUGCACGAGCUCAAGAAUAUUGGAACGGCGUGUAGCAAAAAGCCCUGUGAUCGAAAUGGACGCAGAACUGACUGUCGGGUUCCUGGCCUUCAAGGAAAGUUAUAUCAGUAAAGUGACAUGCAAACCGUAUGAGUCGGUGGAGGCUGUGGCUUCUUCGUCCACGCCCCUGUUCAAGACGCUCACGACAACAUGGCGUUUUCACUCGGCGUCAUCAACCUCCGAGGGUUUCCGAAAAGACCCACAAAUUACGAGCUCGGCAGGCAAGCCACGAAGCACGAGUACGGCUCUCGAUGACUCGGAGCCGACGCUGGUCACCCUCGAUCUUGCGUUUGCAUUCUCAAACCCAUUACACGCUGCCGUCUCUACUACGUUCUUUGGGCAAGUCUCGAAACUGAUGGUAAAGGCAUUCGAAGAUCGUUGUAUUGCAGUAUAUGGGCCCCGAAGUUAAUAGAAUUGCUAAUUACAAGUUUCCUCUGAUCCU